GGACACUCAGUUCCAGUGCACCAAGGGCUCAAUGGUUGAUUGCGUCGUCUUAAGCUUAGCGGGAAUGUGCUGGGUUCACAAAGGAAGAUCAACAUACAUGUAAUUUUGCCAGAAGGUGAAGGACAUCAGCAUCACAAACACUCACACAUACGUACAAAACUUGCUCUUGCACCCCUAAACUACAAAAGGAAAAUAAAGAAUAAAAUGGGCCCUACUGACUACGCGAAAUGGCAGCAGUUGGAGAGUCGGUUGAACUCCGAAGCAUCGACGCUGUUGCAAGAUGAGGAAGAGGACGAGCUGACGCGCAAAAACAAAAGGGAUCUCGAGGCGAAUUGCCGCGGGCUGAUUACCGACGAGCUCCAGCCGUUUGUGGAAAAAUGGGGGCUGUCGCUAGACUUGGCUCUCUGUCUCGCGUGCAAAGAAAACCAGAAGGACUUAGUGGAACAGCUUCUGAAGCACGGUAUAAUAAAUGAAUAUCUGCAUCAAUCACAUUCACAUAGUAUCAGUAUGUCAAACCAGCAAGCUGCAGCUGCCAAGACUACGUCGAACUAACUUGCUAUAAUCGGUAGUCGCAUUGAAUGAACAAUCUGCAGCAUGUGCAUGAUCUUACUUCAGGCGCGAAUCCCAAUGCGGUGGACCCACGGGGGCGCUCGUGCCUAAAGCUGAGCCUGCGGUACGCGGUGUCUGCUCGUCCUGUCAUCACAUUGCUACUCGACCACAAAGCUGAGGUGUACUCAUGUACGGACCGUCUCAAGUCGUGCAACAGUGGACUUCUUCGCAAUGCAUCUACGCGCGUCGAUUCGCGCAGACUAGUCACCACGGGAAAUAAUGAGGGGAAGCAAUCUACUGACCUUGCGGUUGCCGGAGGAGCCACAAAAACGGCACGGAAUAUUACGUCCGCGGAAGACAAUGACGGCAAGGCAGGAGUAGAUGAGAAUUGUGAAAAAAGGAGCUCCACCGUCAAAAGCGACGACGCGUCGUCUAGCUUGCGCCCUGUUGUGGAAGACGAGCUUUCGGCCCUUGCCCAGGCCAGUGCCGGUGAGGACUGCGAUGUGGGUGUGAUCGAGUACCUAAUCAACAACGCAGCUUGGCCCAACGCUAUCCAGCGCUGCAAAUAAAGUAUCGCAGCUGCACUCUACAACAACUGCGUAUGAAUAUAGAAUUAGAAGUGCAAGCGUUUCUGCAUGAGGGACAAAAUUAAGAGCUUUUGUCUACCCGCCUCACGAGCACUAUCACUACCUCAACUUCUUGAGAAAAUAACUUGUACUACGUCCGACUAUCGGAAUCCAUAGUAGUACAACACCUUCUACCGGAGCAAGUAGAAGCACAAGAGCGAUACUUUGGCACUGCAUAAAUGACGCGAUCAAGCAAAAGACCCUCGAUCACGCACUGUUUUACGCCUGUCAGAAGGGCACGGGUCGUAUCUGCCGCACGCUGAUCGCCUGUAAGGCGGACCCCUGGGGGUUUCGGGAGGACGCCGCGGGUCUGACGUGUUUGCACUACUGGUCCGCGCAAGCAGACGUGGCGCUGAUCUCCACAGCGGUGCUAGGCUUGACGGACUUGAUCGAGAGGAACAAGAAGCAACUACUCGCUCCUGCUGUUGACACCGCGGGCAGAACAGAUACAGACGAUGACGAGGCAGUGAAAAAUAGAAAAGAUGCACAGAACGCAGACGCGCCAACCGUUGAUAAAGUUGCGCCGAACUACUACCGAUCUGUCAACGAUGUUGUGACAUUGAACGGAGAGACGCCGCUUCACAUCGCCGUCCGCGCCAAUUGCCUGCCUGCGGUGCGGCUCCUGCUUUCUUUUGGAUUUGAAUUAACGAAGUGCUCUGUCAAUGGACACAUGGCGAUGAAUUUGUUCCAGAGUGCGGAAAUGUUCGAGCUGCUUUACAGCAGCGGAGGCAAGGAUCUGCUGAAUGUACUUCCGGAAGCGGGCUCCACAGAAGGUCCGGACGGGGACGGUCGCAGCGACGGUUUUUCGCCACUGCUUGCCGCUAUUGUGAACAACGCUCUUUUCGCCAAGAAAAAACUUACCGAAAACGAUUCUUUUGCUACGCAGGAAGAAGACUCCAUCGCCCUACGCAUCCUGGACCAUGACAUUGUAGACGUCAACCUGGAGGGAAGCCAGCUUCCCCUCACAGCCGCCGUGCGCAAAAACCGAUCCUUUCGGCUCAUCGAGAAAAUGGUUCGACAAAGACGCGCUGACGUCAACAAAAUCGAGCAAAGUACCCGCGUGCCCACCCUUGUCCUGGCCUGCACAAGCUCUGCGAGUUUUGCUGACAUCGGGACGACGACCUGUUUCUCGUCAAAGUCUAAUAAUAUCGAAGGAGGCGCGCCGGCGGGCGGUGGUGAGCUCCAAGAAAACGAAAAUGAAAGCUCUGCCGGAGCAGGAGGACUAGAAGGUGGCAGACCAGAUGUUGUCUCUGGAAGCACAUUUUCCAUCAGCACCGUUCGCGAUUACGACGAUGACCCCUCGCUGCCCUGGCAGCUACAAGUCGUCAAUCUCCUGCUGGAACACAACGCCGACCCGCUGCUGGAGGAUUGCCAAGGCUUCAACGCGGUUACGCGGUGCCAGUCGCCCAAGCUGCUCCGUGCGCUCCUCGACCACUUUGAAAUCGAAAACCAAAAAAUUUUGUUGCAGUGUGUGCCUUCCUGCGGGAAGAGUGCCCUGGUAUUGGCAAGCAGCAGCAACAAUGUCGGAUUGAUCUCGUUGCUGAUUGCAAAGAUGGAGCAGGCGCAGAAGAGUCUUGGUGAAAGGAGUGAAGAUAGCAUCUCUACUGAUGUUGCCACCACACGCCCUGCUGGGAAAUCCUCACCACAAUCACAAACACGAAAAGCGUGCGAAGAACUGUCGUGCUUCCUGAAUGAUCCGCAGCCGGUGACGCCUCUGAUCGCUGCGGCGGCAAAUUGUCACCUCGAGGCGUGCACAAUUUUGGUGCAGAAAGGCGCAGAUGUGGACUUCAAGCUAAAGGGAAAGAAGCGGGCAAUCGAUUUUGUUGACAAAACCGACGCCAGAUAUGCCGAUUUGUGCAAGCUGCUAAAGACGACGACGAGCGACGCGACCAUUUCGUGAUCAUAUCCACGUGAAACAAAAUGGACGUAAUCGCAGCUGUUCUUUUGAAGGUAUACGCACUAGCGGACUCAUCCUGCAGUUGUACUUGAUUCAUGUAUGAACAUGCAGAUGAAAUUAUUAUAAAAACGUGCCCUUGUUCUUCAAUAAAUUCUAAAUUUGUGGCAGUGCUGCGACGUGUCAAUGUCACUCCUCGACCGAUGUCAAAAAUAAAUGAACUAGAUUUCAGACCUUUCUCUGUUCUUUUUCAGCUACAUUCUCGUCGUGGCGAGGCUUCAUCUUCAUGGCAAACCGAAGCCAAGCGCAAUCAACCGCGACGGGUAUCAUGUCCUUACAAUUAGAUGAGGAUGACCCCGGCGGGCUAGAC